CUGCUUCUUGUUCUUUAUCUACAAAAAGAACACUCGGAAGGCAUUCGAACAUACAGAAACACAAGUACCCCAGCCAGAACAAGAAAACAAGUCGUGUAUUAAUUAACAGAAGCUGCAUAUUGUAGAGAUAACACAAUAUUUACUUGCCAUCAAUGGAAGCUGCAAGGAAUUUUCUCUCUCUUCCUCCAUCUUUUUCUACGAGAACCCAACUUAAGAACUCUGUCUCUUCACUACCAUCUUCUUCAGUUUCAAUGUUUCACGAGCAAGCGGCUGCUGCUGCUGCAACAUCUAUUCCGAUUCAUUCGGUAGCUAGGCAUUUUCCUACAUCAGUUCUCUCACAAGAGCAGCGCGAUGACUGCAGACCUCUGCCUAUCUUGCAAUACUUUAAGGAAGAUAAAGCAUAUCCAGGGCCAACAGACAAACAGCAGGUUGAGAAUGGGACAACACUUCAUGAAGGGAAGGCCUCCAACAACUUUGAACAGCAGAUGCUCCAGUGGCCUGAUUUAAGGCAAUUAUUGUCAGUCUUGGAAUUAGGAGAAAAUCCAUCAUCUUCCUUGAAUAUGCAGUCUGUUGCAGCUGAUACUGAGGAGACUAUGAAUGUUGAACCAAGUACUAUAUUGGCCCUUGCUAAGAAUGCUUUGUCGGCUUCUAAACAAGCUUUAGCAUUAGCUGAGGACCUCAAAUUAGACCUUGAUGAUUCACUUUCUAAUAGUUUGGGGUCGGCUAAUUCAUCUACAUUGCCAGUUGAGGAGGAGGAAGCACCUACAGUUAGGUCAACAAGACGUUUAGAGAGACAGUCUAAACGAAGGAGGAUGCCAUCUAAAUUUAUGAUUUCUGAUACCUAUAGUUUACGAAAGACAAAUGUAAGAAAAAAGGUUAGUGGAAGUUACGAUCCCAAUGAUCCCCUUCGAUUGUUCUUAAGGGGUCCUGAGACAACACAACUCUUGACUGCUAAAGAAGAGUCCGAAUUAAUAGUUGAAGUUCAGGAUUUGAUGAGAUUAGAGAAGCUGAAGAGUAAUCUUCAAUCUCAGUUUGGGCGUGAACCGACCUUGGUUGAAUGGGCUGAAGCCAUUGGUCUUAGUUGUUCAGCCUUGCAGGCAGAGCUCCACAAUGGAAACAGAAGCCGGGAAAAAUUGGUGUAUGCAAACUUCCGUAUGGUGUUUCAUGUUGCUAAACAAUAUCAGGGCCGUGGUAUGAACCUUCAGGAUUUACUGCAGGAGGGAAGUAUGGGGCUUAUUAAAAGCGUCGAGAAGUUCAAACCACAAGUUGGAUGCCGAUUUGCCACCUAUUCUUACUGGUGGAUACGGCAAACCAUUACAAAGUCUAUUGUGCAACAUUCCAGAACCAUUCGUUUGCCGGAGAAUGCAUACAGCCUCUUGGGCAAAGUGGUGAAGGCAAAGAGAUCAUACAUUCAAGAAGGAAAUCAUUGUCCUUCCAAAGAAGAACUAGCAACACGUGCUGGAAUUACAGUUCAAAAGUUGGAUAAGUUGCUUUUCACAACAAGGACGCCGCUUUCUAUGCAACAACCUGUAUGGACAGACCAGGAUACCACCUUUCAGGAGGUAACACCAGACACCGGUAUUGAGAUCCCUGAUGUUAGUGUGGCAAAGCAACUAAUGCGGCAGCACGUGCGCAACCUUCUACGUGUUCUCAGCCCAAAAGAAAGGAAGAUAAUCAAACUACGGUUCGGUAUUGAAGAAAGUAAAGAGAAUUCUCUGUCUGAGAUAGGAAACAUAUUUGGAUUAUCUAAGGAACGGGUGAGGCAGCUAGAGAGCCGGGCAUUGUACAAGCUAAAGCAAUGCCUAGUCAAACAAGGACUUGGUGCAUAUGCCGAUUUGCUUGUUUAGGCAUAGGGACACAGACAUAUUCGUUAGAUUUUACAUGUAAAUUCGAGGGCAAGAGUGAAAAAUCUGUUGUUAGCUAAAGAACAAGGCCUAAGCCUAUGACCCUGAUUGAAUUGCUCCAACACUGUAAUCUAACAAUGCUUUUGUUUUGCUUUUUGUUUUUGUAUAAUCGGGAUAGAUACUUUUAUCAAAUGUUAUUGGUGAA